AUGGCGGAGCCACCAUCGUCACCGCCCAACGAGGCGGCCAGCUCCGAAGAUCAACUGCGCUGGUACAAAUCUCAGUACGCAUCGCUCGAGGAGGAGCUGGCCGAGUUCCGGGAGUCGAGCAAGGAGCUGGAACAGGAGUUGGAAAAGGACAUCGAGCAGGCAGAAAAGAGGGAGCGUAAACUCCAGGAAAAGGCCGAGAGCCUCAAGUUCGAGGCUGAGGAAUGGAAGUCCAAAUACAAUCAGGCAAAGAAGGAUGCCAACGCAGCCCAAAACGCUCUGGAAAAAGAAAUCACCAUGCUGCGUGACACCAACAGGACUCUCCAGAUGAAGUUGCGCGACAUCGAGGUUGUCAACGAUGACUUUGAGCGGCAGGCCCGAAACACAAGCUCAUCCCUCGAAGAUCUCGAAUCCAAGCUGAACAGCUCGAUUGAACGCAAUGUCAUGAUGGAGGAAGAGAUCAGGAUCGGCGAACAAGAGCGUGAGACGCUGCGUAUCGAGGCGCAACGUCUGCGUGAGGAGCUGUCCGAUCUCAAGAUCGAGGCCGAGCUGCUCCAGGACAAGAUCAAGAAGCAGGAGGCCCGCCACCUUUCCGCCAUCUCCACCGACCUCUCCAUCCUCUCAUCAUCCCCGACCUUUGACAAGACGCUGGAUGCCUCUCCUGGCUCGACGGCCAGCUCGCCCAUGGUGUCGACCCCGCCCGACGACGAAUCGCUCCUCGUCAACAAAAAGUCUCAAAUCAGCGAGCCUCCGUCCCCGCCCAUGUCCGACGUCUCCUCAUCCGUGCCGAAGAGGACCGUCUCCCGAACGCCCCUCAAGACACCGGCCAAAACUCCGGCGUCGGCGACGCGCAAGUCCCGUCUGCCCUCGACCGAACACAGCAUCACGCCGAAGCCUCGGUCGUUCACAGCGUCCAUCUCGAGCAGCCGACCGACAGGAAGCCGUCCCUCUGCGGGCGCAUCGACAAGAACGCCCGCCCCUCGAACCGCGCCUCGCUCCAUCUCUACCCGCAUGCCCGCCAACAAUUCUCUCAACCACAUUCGGUCUCUUACCGCCCAGAUGCAGCGUCUGGAGGCACGUGUCCACAAUGUCCGAUCGAAACUCCCUGCUCCUGUUACGACACCUCCUCGAGCCUCGCCCCGUUCUUCGGUGCUGGGAGUCCACAGCGUGCCCUCGACGGUUACUAUCCGUUCUCGCAAGCGUCCGACAGGCUCCACUGCAUCGCGCGACGACACCACGCCGUCCAACUUCUCCGCCAGCACAAGAUCCAAGCAUGUACCUCGUCUUAGCACGUCAGGCGUCAGCCGUCUAUCUUUUGGCCCGCUGCCCAACCGGAACCCUGGAGCUGGAACCGGAAUCGAAAACGAGUCUGGUAUUUCUCGGCCAAGCUCGCGGGCUAGUAUCUCGUCGUAUGCCCGGCCUUCGAGCCGUACGGAAAUGGCACCUCCCAGACCUAUGAGCCGGACCAGCAUGUCCGGGACCCGGACACCGAUGGUCCGUCCCCGCAGCUCUCUCGGCGGUGGCUUGCACGCGCGCUCUGCUAGCAUCAGCAGCCGCAUUGACAUCGAGGAAGGUGACGAGACGGGCGAAUAUAUAACACCCAGUAGGAGGGGUACGUUUUCUCGCCUAGAGUCAGAAACCGCCAUGAGCGGUAUUCCUCUGCCGGCCAGUGGCAUCCCGAUGCGUAGCUCGCGACGCCAGAGCGGGAGUAGUGUCUCCGGGAGGCAAAGCUCGAUGGGCCUAAGGGGCUCUGUGAUGGGCAAUCGGGAGCUAGUCGAGGAGGAGACUUACUAA